AUGCCGAGUGAAGACAGCAAGGACGUCAUGGUGAACGACAACGUUGACGGCAACGGGGGUGCGGGACAAGCGGCGAACGGGGAAUCGGGCGCUCAUACCCCGCUCAACGAAGAGAGCAGGAAGAACAAUCGGAACCUAAGCAUCCAGACUUCAUGGAAGAGUGACGACUCGGGAGUGAAGUCUUCCGGGUCAGCACAGAGGACGGGACACUUCCAGGAUCGAACUCCCAGCACUGUGUCCAGCUCCUCCGGUGCCAGGGUGGUGCAGCUGCAGAGCUCGACGGUGGCGGACGCGCGCCACCUCCUGCGGAAGACGAAGAAGGAUGCCAUCGGCAAACAGGAGGAGCUGCGAGAGCUUGUGAGUGUCCGAUAUCGCGACUUCAUCGAGGCCGCAGACACUAUCUCGGCGAUGGGAACGAGGGCGAGGGAGAUCAUCCAGGUUGCUGGUUCGCUGGCUGACACGUGCGGGGAGCUGAUGAUCGGUUCGUGGAAGGCUGGGCGGGGGCAGGAUGACGACUCGAGGGCUGCCAGCGCCAAGGACCUGCUCAUCAUCCUGCAGGCACCAGAGCGCGUUGCGACGGCGAUUGAGCAGAGCAAGUACUUGUACGCUUCCGUCCAGCUACUGACAGCCCGGGACUCGUAUCGGUACUCUUCGCCAUGGUUGCUGAAGCGGAGCCAAGAGAAGAGCAUCAAGUCAUGGCUUGCGAUCCCAUACGUCAGACUGCGAAUCCAAAGCCUGACAUGCAAGUCUCAGGCGGAAAUGGUGGUCAAGGCGGCUGAAACUGCUCUGACGAGUGCGCAUCCCUCCGCGAACAUUAACAAAUCGGCGAGUCUGAUGGGAAACGCAGUGGCGGCGAUCGCGCUUGUCAACCAACUCUCUCUGCGAGACUCACUGGACGCCUACCUGGAGGCUCGGACAAGCGCAGUCAAGGGGCUCUGUCGGGGGAUCUCGAGGGAGAGGGCUGGACGAGACCAGGGAGGAGACGAGGAGCUCAUCGAGGAGCUGUCGUCCCUCAUGGGCUACGCUUGCGAUGCCAUCGCACGGACAGUCUGCGACUCUCUCCUGCUCUACUGCACCCUUGAGAUUCCCACCGGAGGGGAGGGAGGAGAGGAGGAGGAGGCUGGGAAGGAAAGGAAGAAGCUCAAGGAGCCUAUCAUGCUCAGCUACCUCAAGCCCAUCGCCAACGCCAGCCUUCACCUCCGCUCGGACAUGCUGACUGAGCUGGAGUUGCCGCACUGCCGCACCUCAGCGCUGUCCUGGCUCCGGUCCAUGUGCGCCACUGUGCGAGCAGCCGUGAGCUCUGCCCUGCUCUGCAUCUCGUCCGGAUCCUCUCUGGCAUCACUAGAAGCCGCCGUGCAGGACAGGGCCAACGCAGCAAUUGAGAGCGGGGAGGACGCGAUAUGCUGGAAGAUGGUGACUGAGGAGUCGCUGUGGAGCAUGCUGUACCGCAGCCCCUUCACCACUCGCAGCAACCAGCUCGUGGCCGCCAGGUUCUCCUCCAUCCAGGUCGCUCACUUCCUCGCAGAGGAGCUGCAGGCGAUCUCGGAAGAAGACAUGGAGCUGGUCGGGGCGCACAGCUCCACUGCAGACCUCUUCCAGUGUCGCCGUCCGUUUCUCGAUCACCCUCCACGAGGGAAGGCAGAGAGGAGAGAAGAUCGCGGCCGGAUCUGGGAGAACAGGUGCAACGCGUGCUCGGCUCGCUUCCUCACGCAGCUUCACUCGGCCGUCAUGGACUGCAAGCUGCUCGUGGGGCAUCAGCAGGAUGAAGGAGCUCAGAACGCUUCCAAGGACUCAUCAGCUGAGGACGAGAGGAUGCACCUGCUCCUGAAGAGCUCGAGCGAGGUCAAGUCCCUCAAGGAGCUCGCAGAGCCUCGGCUGGAGCAGCAGAGGAAGGAGGUGCUGAGACAAGAGCGAAGCGGCACCAUGAUGAGCCUGGGAGGGAGCCGGGCAGCAAGAGACACUCGAGUGGAGCAGAGCCUCUACAUUGCACAAUGUGCAACUGGGGUGGAGGCGCAUCUUAGCAGCAUCCUGAAGCUGCUCCCUGCUCGCAACAAAUCCUCGGAGCAAGAGAAGAUGGCGGAGAGGGAGCAGGAGGAGAGGACGUCCAAACUUCUCUCGGCCGCCUCCCUCGGCCACGGGCUGUGGAUCGAGUGGAUUGUCGCCAACGCCUGCACCAAGUUCGGACUAGCGCUGCAGGAGGUGUGCGGUGGGGACUUGGACUCUGUCGGAGCAGGGGACGCCGUUCUCCAGGCUCCGCGCAGCAAAAUUCCUGGGCUGCCUCUGCUCAGAGAUCUCAAGAGGAUGUGGGAGGAGGUUGAGAUCUCGGUGGAGACAGAGGGCGGAGAGACCAAGACUGAGAAGGUGGCGGUCCCUUCCUCCGUCCUCCCUCACACGUUCGCUCUCCUCAUGGACCUCUCCCUCGAGCUCGAGUCUUUGAAUGUUCAAAUGCUCUUCGACUUCCUUGUCGCCAAGGAUCUUCUUGCCGGCCAUUCUCUCCCGAGGGACUUCGAGUUGAGAAUUCAGAGGGUGGAGGAGGCGCUUGAGGAUCGUCUGGAUCCGAUCGACUGGAAUUUUCAGAAGAGUUUGUUUCAAACCAACAGGAUAAGAGCCUACCAGCGUUACUCCGUCAUCUUCGGUGCCAUCGUUCAGCUCAAGCGCGUGCAUGUCAGAGAGUCUUCGCUGCAGAGCGGAUCUUUGCCGAAGCCUAUCAAUCUCCUCCCCCUUGCCCAGCAGCAGAAUCGCUUUGGCUACCUUCCCGCGGUUGACUCGUGGAACCUGGUGGAGGCAGAGGAGGAGGAGGAGGAGGAGGCCAAGGUCAAGCCUGCAGAGCCCCUUUCAGGAGGAAAGGCGUCCAACGCUGGUGUGGGGAUUGCGGGCAUGGAUUCCUUGCAUAAGGACGUGCAGGCUUCUCUUGGCAGGUUCAGCUCGCUCAUGGCGAAGGGCUGGACCAACGCGGCUGACACGUUGGUGGGAGGCAUCGAGAGACGAGUCGUGAAGUAG